AUGGAACGUAAAGCGUUUGGACAGUCCUUCUCCGUUCACCGCAAAGUGGCUGAGGAUGGAGAGACACGGGAGGAGACUCUGCUCCAGGAAUCUGCAUCAAAAGAAGCUUAUUACCUUGGGAAGAUUUUGGAGAUGCAGAAUGAGCUCAAACAGAGCAGGGCGGUGGUCACCAAUGUUCAGGCAGAGAAUGAGAGGCUCACUGCCAUCGUCCAAGACUUGAAAGAGAACAACGAAAUGGUGGAACUACAGAGGAUACGAAUGAAGGAUGAAAUUCGAGAGUACAAGUUCCGAGAGGCGAGACUCCUGCAGGACUACACAGAGCUUGAAGAAGAAAACAUCACUUUACAGAAGCUGGUAUCCACACUGAAACAGAAUCAAGUUGAAUAUGAAGGCUUAAAGCAUGAGAUUAAACGAUUUGAGGAGGAGACAGUGUUGCUUAAUAGCCAGCUAGAAGAUGCCAUCCGGCUGAAGGAGAUUGCUGAGCAUCAGCUGGAGGAAGCUCUGGAAACUUUAAAAAAUGAAAGAGAGCAAAAGAACAAUCUGAGGAAGGAACUCUCCCAGUAUAUCAACCUCAAUGAUAGUAUGUAUAAUAACCAUAUUAAUAUAUCAGUAGAUGGAUUGAAGUUUUCAGAGGACGGGGGAGAGCCCAACAAUGAUGACAAAAUGAACGGACACAUCCACGGGCCUCUCGUGAAACUCAACGGUGACUACCGAACUCCCACGAGUAGGAAAGGAGAAUCUCUGCAUCCCGUCUCUGACCUCUUCAGUGAGCUCAACAUAUCAGAAAUACAGAAACUGAAGCAGCAGCUCAUGCAGGUGGAGCGAGAGAAGGCCAUUCUCCUGGCCAACCUUCAAGAGUCUCAGACGCAGCUGGAGCACACCAAGGGAGCCCUGACGGAGCAACACGAGCGAGUCCACAGGCUCACAGAGCACGUCAAUGCCAUGAGGGGACUGCAGAGCAACAAGGAGCUGAAAGCUGAGCUUGACUGUGAGAAGGGCCGAGACCCUGGUGAGGAAGCACACGACUAUGAAGUGGACAUCAAUGGCUUGGAGAUCCUAGAAUGUAAAUACAAAGUAGCUGUUACUGAGGUGAUAGACCUUAAAGCAGAAAUCAAAGCCUUAAAGGAGAAAUAUAACAAGUACGUGGAAAACUACACUGAAGAGAAGGCCAAGUAUGAGAGCAGAAUCCAGACAUAUGAUGAGCAGGUGACAAGCCUGGAGAAGUCGACCAAGGAAAGCCAGGAAAAAAUGGUCCACAUGGAAAAGGAGUUACAAAGGAUGACAAGCGUAGCAAACGAAAACCACAAUACCCUCAACACUGCCCAGGACGAGUUGGUGACAUUUAGCGAGGAGCUGGCUCAGCUCUACCAUCACGUCUGCCUGUGCAACAAUGAGACACCAAACAGGGUCAUGUUGGACUAUUACAGGCAAAGCAGAGUCACCCGCAGCGGGAGCCUGAAAGGACCGGACGACCCUCGAGGCCUCCUUUCCCCACGACUUGCCAGACGGGGGGUGGCAUCACCCGUAGAAGCCAGGACCCCGACCGAGCAGGUGACUAAGGAAGCCCCAGAGCCCGGCAAGGAACAGAGCCCAACAAAAACACCUACCAUUUCUCCUGUCAUCACAGCCCCUCCUUCCUCCCCCGUCUCUGACACCAGUGACAUCCGCAAGGAGCCUAUGAACAUCUACAACCUCAAUGCCAUAAUAAGGGACCAAAUCAAGCACUUGCAGAAGGCUGUGGAUCGGUCGCUGCAGCUGUCGCGCCAGCGGGCUGCGGCUCGGGAGCUGGCGCCCAUGAUCGAUAAGGACAAGGAGGCCUUAAUGGAAGAGAUACUGAAACUGAAAUCACUCCUGAGUACAAAGCGAGAGCAGAUCGCGACCCUGAGAGCAGUGCUGAAAGCCAACAAGCAGACAGCUGAAGUGGCACUAGCCAAUUUGAAGAAUAAAUAUGAAAAUGAAAAAGCAAUGGUGACUGAGACCAUGACCAAACUACGGAAUGAAUUAAAGGCUUUGAAGGAAGAUGCAGCAACCUUCUCAUCCUUGAGAGCAAUGUUUGCAACCAGGUGUGAUGAGUACGUCACACAGCUGGAUGAGAUGCAGCGGCAGCUGGCAGCUGCGGAGGAUGAGAAGAAGACCCUAAACUCUCUGUUGCGCAUGGCUAUCCAGCAAAAACUCGCCCUUACCCAGCGACUGGAGGAUUUAGAGUUCGACCACGAGCAGUCCCGACGCAGCAAAGGCAAGCUUGGAAAGAGCAAGAUCGGCAGCCCUAAAGUAAGUGAGGAGGCAUCAGCCACCGUGCCAAGCAUAGACACUUUCCUCCUGCAUAGUCAGGGCCCACAGCAACCAAACUUACUGGUCAGCAGUGGCACUCAGAGGAAAAGACUAUUCUCACCUUCCCUUUGUGAUCAGAGCCAUCCCAGGACUUCAGGGACCUACCUCCAGAAAUUAUUAAGAGCCCCCCCUCAUCCCGCCUCCACAGAAUCAUAUCUUCUGAGGGGCCCCCCUUCCAUGAGUGAAUUCAUCCAUGGGCACCGUCUCAGCAAGGAAAAAAGGUUAACCGUGGCCAUACCAGUCCUAAUGCUCUUCCAGAAGAGCAGCCACAUUCCAGCUCUCAGUGUGCCCCUCUCAACUGUCUCUCUAAGCCUCCUCCUUAGCCCUAAUCUUCAUAUGCAACAUAAGAGAAAAUGCAAACAGAGUGGAGUUCGUGCAACAAAAGUUGGGGUUGUUCCCAGCAAGCAGGUGGACAAUCCUGCCUUGUUGCUGCAUUGGCAAGUCUGGAUUCAUAUCCCCUGCUCUGGCAACUGAGGGAAGGUUGAGAAGAAGAACACAAAGCACAGAGCCCAACCUAUCAAGAAGACUUUUUAUGGUUCCUCUGAUUGUACUCAAACUGUGCUAUCACAACUGAAGUGUAGUGAAAUUUAACAUCUCAACAAAAAUGUUCCUCCCAGCUGCUUGGCUUUACCUCUGAAAUCAUGAGAGACUUAAGCCAAUGUUAAAAAAAAUAUGUUACAAAAAUCCUACCCUCACAUACUCCAAGUUCAGCCAUAGGAACCAGUUCAAAUUUCCUUUUGUCUUCAAGGGUGUGAUAUUUAUUUCUUAUUUUAUUUGCACCAGAAUUUUGUGUUUAUAAAAUACAGUCUUCUUUUUUUUUUUUUGUGAGAGUUGUAUUUAACUGAUUUUAUUUUUUAAAACCAAGCAGAAAUAGCUUCAGUGAAGAAUGACUGUGUUAAUAUUAAAAAGAGGCUUGUUGCAUUGGCCAGCAUAUGGCCAAUUUUUAUUGCACAAAAAUGUUGGAAAUGGGUUGAAUUGAAAUGUUAACAAUGACUGUAUAUUUUGCUGCUGCACUGAUAUUGUUUAUGCACUUGUUUUUUUAAUUCCUAUUACACUAGCUUCUGGUUUUGUUCUAGCUCUUCACUGAAAGAUAAUUAUUAAGCCUAAGAAGGAGAUGAAAGGAUAAUGUAUUGAUUUGUUUUCAGUUGUUUGCUUGCAUUGUAAUUAUAUUUUUUGCAUUUCAGACAAGUAGAUGAAUUGGUGCUGUUUUCUGGGAUUACUUUCUAUUUGGUAUCUGAGAAAGAAAAUCUAAAACAAGUAAAAUGCUGUGUGCUAAUUAAAAACAUUCUUUCCUCCCACUCCCAUAUUCAGGAUCCUAGCUCGAGGCCUUACCAGGGAAGGCUUAGUAUGAAUGGUGAAGUCAUAUGCAUUUCGUGUGAAGUAUUCUGUGGUGAAAGAACUCAUGCAGGUAGGGUUAAAGGUGUGGGUCAAAGUUAGUAGGACUUUACUGUAGUGCAUUUUUUCCUUGCCAAAAAUCAACAGACACAGAACCUUAGCUCAUGUCAGUUUAUGACAAAUACUCAGGUGAUCUACACUACGCAGACUUUAUCGCAACAGUGCACAGUGUUCCUAGUUAAAGAUUCUUUCCUGUAAAAGCUGAGUAAGCCUGUUCUUUUCUUAAAAGCAGUGGGUUUCAGAACAAAAUCAAGGAUAGAGGAAUUUAUUUUGCACAGUACCUGGCAGCAAGGCAAGCGGCUAAAUAAGGGGUUGUGUUUCAGCAUCUCUGGGCUUCCCGUCCGGUUAUCAGCUAGAAAAACAAGUCUGCAGCACUGCCUACCUGCCUACUUGUUGGUAACUAGCAGGCUCCUUGUUUUGUCAGGUGGCCUUAAUUUAUUUACAGAAGAAAGGCUUAGAUACUUCCACAUGUCUUUAUUCCUUCUCUGCAGCACACGUACGACCUACAAGUGGGAAACACAGUACAGCCUGAGGUAUAGAGCAGCUGGGGAAAAAAACAAUUGCUGCAGGUGUGGUUGGAACAACUCUUUCAAAUUCUGCCUGGAGCUGAGAAAAUGAAGUCAGUUUUUUAGUAACAGUGCUUACCAAAUGUUACAAUACACAAAACAUCAGCAGAGGAGAGAAUCGGUGACCACUCAGUGUGCCUAACAAAUCAUUAUUACCAUAGUACCAGUAAUGAAGGUGCUGUAAAUAGAAAUAUUCUAUGUCAUCAACGUCUGUCGUGUAACCUUGGCAAAGCAGCUGAGCUAUUGUAACAAAACAUCCAGAGGUAGAGAAAACAGGAACAAACUGAUAUCCAGUUCUGAUCAGAUCAAACAGACAACACUCAACAGUGUUUCGACUUUGGUUUCCAUGCGGUUCGCAUGAUUCUCCUCAUAGAUGUUUACAUCACUAUUUAGCAUCAUUCUUAAACUGUUGUCUUGUCAUAGAAAAGUCAAGUGAAACCUUGUUCAGCUCUAUCAUAAUGUCUGAGACUGAGAUUAGCUGCUAUUUUGAUUGCUAUUUUUAAAAAACCCAAUAUUUUGUCUGAGGCAAAUUCAGCCUUCAAAAAGCAUCUUCAGAUUCCUGACCCUGUUUGCCUGGUGUAAGAAUAUCAUGCAGUGGUCAUGUCUGCAUCCAACAGAGACAGCUACUGUAUAUUGUUAAAAAGAAAAGGAAUUUUCCUAGCACUUUGAAUACAGUUACCACAGACUGCACUUGGAAUAGUUUUUCCUACUUUCAUAUCCAAAUCAAUUUUCCCUCCAUUUUAGUUAAGCAGAAAUUCAGUGAAAUACAUUUCCUUUCUAUACAGAUACAAAUUUAUUGGGAAAAAAUGUUGUAUCUGGACAGUUUAGAAACAUAUUUUUAUCCAGUUGUGAUUUGCAGAGCAACUUUGGGAAAUCAAAACAUUGUAGUGGCAUGUCCAUGUGGAUCAAGGGUUGUGAAACAGCAUCCAGUGCUAUAGAAGUUGUGGCCCCGUUUUAUAGAACUAAUAAAUUUUUUAUUAUCUUAAGUUUUAAAUUCUUAAUUUCUAAGUUUUCGAUUUACAUUUUUUUAUAUGUAGCAAAACUUAAGUGUUGGAAGUGUAAGAUAACUAGAAAAAAGCCAACUUAAAUGUACAAGUGGUUGUAGUUAUUGCAUUGUAAGUUAUAAAACUAUAUAGGUCCCUGGGACAACUUUUGUCAGUUAAUCCAUACAAAAUAAAAUACAUGCCUUGAACUUAAGAUGAUAAACUAUUCUUUGUUACAUGUUGAUUGAUGACAUAAAACUUUGUGAGAGAUUUUGUAGGAAAUAUUUACAUGCAGACAAAACCAGAAACAAAAACCUGGGAUUUCUAAGGGUUGCAAAAUACUAUAUUUUGCCCAUUUAAAGUGAAUUUAUGUUGUGUUGAUAUCUAUUCUGCUUUUUAAAGAUUAAGAAAAAUUAUACAUAUAUUUUUAAUGGUUGAAUAUACUCAGAAGCACUGCAAUGUGUCAUACUCAGUAAGGAAGCAAUUCAAAUCCUGCUCUGACUUUUGUGUCUGAAAUGCAGCUUUUGUUCUCUAUGAUGGCCUUGAAAUUUCUUUGGAUUUGAAAUAGCUACUCAAAAUAGGGUUAUUUAGGUCAAAAUAGGGGCAUUUUGGUUUGAUUUUUUUUUCGGCUGUAGUGAAAAAAUAUUCCUUGUUCAGUGAAAUGAUCUGCUCCUGGAAAUCAAGUUUAUAGUAAAUGUGUGGGGAAAAAACAAAAAAAAAGAAAAAAAAAUCAAAUAUAAAGGCAGAAAAAGAUGAAGAAAUAAAUUGUAAAAUGUAAUAGUAUGGAAAAUAUAUUUUCUAUCAGUCAGAAGCUACCUGGAGGUUUUACAGAAAGAGGACAUAUUACCAUUUUUUUAUGCUAAUCGUAUAGAAUUUUCUGCCUUCUAGAGGGAGGCAAUAGUGAUAUUCUUUCUGAUUGAUCUGAUUGACAGGUUGGCUUCUCUGUGCUUUCUCUAUCCACAUUUUCCACAGUAAAUUAAUGUAACCAUAGUUAUACAGUAGAGUUCGUAGAAUGAAACUGUAAUUAACGCUGCAAGUUUUAAUGCCAAGAUGGUUUUCAGUUUAUUUUUUAUUUAAAAAAAAAUUAUAACGUUGUUUAAGCCAUUUGCCAUAUUGAUGUGUGUACAUAAAGGAGAUUAUGUUAUGAAAUAUAACCUCACUCAUGAAAUAUGACCUCACCUAUGAAGGCUGCUCACGAUAGUUAUGUUGGAAAUACUUAAGUAAACUGUUAGUAAAAUCUGACCCAGUCCUUGUCGCAUUGGGAACAACACCCAGAGUCCAGGCCCUUAUUUUGAUACCGACCUUAUUGUUCAAUCAUGCAAUGCCAAAGUCAGUAGUUGUGCUACCAAUUCCGCUAUAGUUGGAUUGAUGAUGAUCAUCAUCAUAAGGUACAGAUUACAUCAGCCUUUCUGAGGUCUGUUCCUUUCUUUGGCAGAAGAUGCGUAUCCAUUGAGGUUACAGUAAAUUUCUUUCUUUUGUACUUCAGAAAUGUUCAUUUGAGAAUGGCAGGCGCUGAUGUUUUACCUUUGAAGUAAGAUAAUUGCUAUAGUUACCUCUUUAGAAAUUCCAGUCAUCACUUCUCUUCAGUUUUCCUUUGCUGUGUGUGCAGUGAGUCUGAAAAGGAUAUAUACUAUUCAGACUUUUUUAGCCAUUAAGGGGUUUUUUUAGUAUAAUUAAGCAUCCUGUGGAAAAAGAAAUAAAAAAGCAAUUGCCUUUUGCCGUCAGGCACAAAUGCAUCAAAAUAUGCAAUGUAAAAUGUGUGCAUGAGAUUGUUAACAUCGUGUAGCUUCUCCCUAUCCUUAACUAAGCUAGAAAAUUCUUAUUUCUUGUGUGAUAUGCUUAUUCCUCUUGCUAGAAGGGCAAGAGAACUAUACAGAGAGUCUGUAUCUUUCACUUGGAGGCGCACGGCUUAAAUCCUUAUUGGUUUUUAAUCUGUUUCCUGCGGAGUUCUUGAAAAUCCCCUUUGUGAAAUGUAAUGGCAACCAAGUGACAAACUGACAAAAAGUAAAGGAAAAAUCCUACAUUUCGUGGCUGGAGUUGAUGUGCAGGCAGACUCUGGGUGAUAGAGCCUUGUGUUUCAAAAAUGUCUCUCUACGAAGCUCUGUAUUUGUUUUGAUUAUUAUGAUCUGCUGUAAAAGAAAGGGUGGAUAAGAGUAUGUUUUUUCUCACGUUAGUAUUCUGAGUUUUUAUUAUGUGGUUACUUGAUUUCAGAAAUAUGUUGGAAAUCAAUAAACAGAAGAAUUUGAUAAAAGUUUCAAGUAGACUGGCUUACUAGCCGAGUUGUUAUUUUAUCAGCUAUGAACAAGAAAUAAGAGUAAUCUAGCUUAUUUUAUUAUUAUUUCUUCUGUUCACAGAUAUGGCUAUGUGUGCUAUGCCAGUGGAUAAAUUAAGUCCAUUUUAUUAGUUAUUGCCCUGUUUAUUAUCAGCCCUGUGGUUUGACUGUUAAAGGGUUAAUUAACUUGAUCCUUUGUAAACAAUUAAAAAAAAAAAAGAAAACUGAUGUUUUGUGACUUUUGUAAUCUAUUGAAUGUUUCCAUUUGCAUGAUGUUCUGUAUCUAAUGAACCAUACAGAUUGCUGUGUUCCUUUCAAAAGAGUUUUAACAUUGGUGGAGUUUGUGACAAACACAAAUUUGUAUACUGUAUGUUUACUGCUGUAAUAACUCAGCUACUCCUAUGUUGAAUUGACAUUAUGUUGUCCUGCCUUCUUGGGGUUAAAUGAUGAAGUGUUUCUAGGUGGUGAAGAAAAUAUAAAAGUAUAUAUGUUCAUUUGCUAAAGACUGAGUAUUGGAAACUCUUCUUGUUGUUACUUUAUGCUAAAAGCAAAAAAAGUUAAAUAAUUCUUGUUUCCAAAAGUGCAUCAUUUGUUUUUAAAAUUGAAGUAAUUCCCAUGUUAACUCUUCCUUGUCCUUGUAGACAAUCCUAGAUUAAUGCCUUGUGAGGGAUUCAUAAAGUCUGUGCUUGUACAUGUGUAAUAUGAUCAUGCAGUCAAAUGGUUGGGAAAAACACUCUAGUGAUGAAGAAAAUAAUUAAAAGAAGCUGAUAUACUGAUUCUUACAUCUUUAUGUUCCAAUUAAAAUUACAGUGUAAUGCAUAACUGUUCCAGUGAAUAAACUGGCCAUUUUUGUUCAUUUAA